CUCCCGUCAGCCCCCGCGUGGCCGCGGCUGUUUGAACAUGGCGGAGGCCGCGCUGCCGCCCGAGUGGCGCCUUUACCUUCCCGCGGAGCGCGCCGCCACCUUCCGCGCCUGGCCCUUCACAGAGGGCUGCGCCUGCACUCCCGGCCGGAUGGCGGCGGCGGGGUUCGUGCACCGCCCGAGCGACAACUCCCCGGACGUGGCGCAGUGCUUCUUCUGCCUCAAGGAGCUCGAGGGCUGGGAGCCCGACGACGACCCCGCGGACGAGCACCGGAAGCACUCCCCUGCCUGCGCCUUUCUCUCCCUUCAGAAGGACGUUGCUGACCUGACACUGCAGGAGUUCCUGAAGCUGGACAAGGAACGGAUGAGAAACAUGAUUAAAAAGCAGAUCUCUCAGAAGGUGACAGAGGUUGAAGAAGCAGCAAAGGACAUGCGUCGCUACAUUGCAAAGCUGACCUCCUGAGUGUUUUCUCUAAUUGUUACUUGCAGGCAGCAUCAGGCAUGUAGAUCUGUUCUUGUUUGACUGCUGGAGUGAUUGCAUUUCUUGAGACGGAGGCUGGUAGUGGUCCUAAUAUGGCGGUCACGUCUUUGUAGUGGCUGAACAGCUCAUGUUGCCAUCGUACCCUCCAGUGGCUCCAGCAGGAAAGUCUGAGCCUUGGAUAGAUCUCUGCCCUCCCUGUAAAGGGCUUCUCACUUCCAUCUCGUUAUUCUUAGCUGAGUGCUCCCAAAUCUCUCAGUGGCUUUUGAAAGUCUCCUGUACAGUUCCACUUUUUGUUUUGAUGCAUUUAUAAAUAAAUGUCUAUAAGACAAAA